CCUAAGUUUAUAGGAGAGAUGGAGUCUAUUUUUAACUACCGUGACUAAUUUAAUCCGAGGAAGCCGUAAACUGUCGUUUCAGCCACCGGAAAACCGAGAAACAAAUCAUUGCGGCGAAAUGCCGAAAAAGCGAGACCAUCAACGGCCAGCCCCGAGUCCCGGUCGCCGGGAAAACCAAAUCAAGUCAUCUUCACGACCAGAGAAACGAACUGAGGCACGCUCGUCUUCCAGUGCCAUCAAAGUCAUUGCCUUCUUCGUCCUUUCCUCGGUGAUUGCCAUCGCCGUAUACUGGUUGAAACAAGCUCCUUCUUCGCAACAUAACGGAUCCUAUGUACAUCAACGAGGCCUUGUUACUACCGACACCAAUUACCAAGACAUACUCACUGAGAAUACAAAAGUAUCAGAAAAUACAUCUAUUCGACAUUAUACUUACCCUGUGCUUGGCUACAUUACUCCCUGGAAUUCUCUAGGUUAUGAAAUGGCGAAAAAGUUCAACUCUAAGUUUACACAUUUAUCACCUGUCUGGUAUGAUUUAAAGAGCCAACAGUCUAGCUUAGUUCUAGAGGGGAGACAUAAUGCUGACAGAGGAUGGAUCUCGGAGCUUAGAAAAUCGGGAGAAGCUUUGAUCUUGCCUAGAGUUGUUCUGGAAGCAUCACCACAAGAUCUACUGAGAAAGAAGAAACUAAGGAACAAAGCCAUUGACCUUAUUGUCACAGAGUGCAAGGAAAUGGGAUAUGAUGGUGUAGUCUUAGAAUCUUGGUCAAGGUGGGCAGCUUAUGGUAUCUUACACGAUCCAAUCAUGCGGAAUUUGGCUUUGCAGUUUGUAAAACAGCUUGGAGAUGCACUGCAUUCUAUAAGCUCAGAAAAAGUUGGUGGACAAAAGUUGCAGUUGGUCUAUGUUAUAGGUCCACCAUCUUCCCAGAAUCUGCAAGCACAUGACUUUGGUCCAAAAGAUCUAGAGACCUUAAGUGAAGUUGUCGAUGGAUUCUCGUUAAUGACAUACGACUUCUCUAAUCCUCACAAGCCUGGUCCUAAUGCACCUUUGGAAUGGAUUCAAAUUAUUCUACAGAUUCUUCUUGGUGCAUCUGCCAAUAGAGCCCAAAACAUCGCCCCCAAGAUAUUUCUUGGCAUCAACUUCUAUGGAAACGAUUUCUCCCUUUCAAAGGAUUCAGGUGGCGGAGCUAUUCUUGGGAGAGAUUACCUAGCACUUUUGGAGAAGCACAGACCUGCUCUGCAGUGGGAUAAGAACAGCGGGGAACAUGUUUUCUUUUACACUGCUGACAAGGAUAUCAAACAUGCUGUAUUCUAUCCAUCUUUAAAGUCAAUUUCCUUGCGGUUAGAGGAAGCCCGUUCAUGGGGAUGUGGCAUCUCUAUAUGGGAAAUCGGUCAAGGUUUGGAUUAUUUUUUCGACCUUCUGUAAAAGACUGCACGUGUGCUACUUUUUUUUUAGGAACACUUGUUUGACGUGUAGAGGUCAAAAGGAACUAAUCGAGAAAAGUCUAGAGGAACACUUGUGAGACCUUUUUUUCUCAUAGAAUCAAAUUCUACAAGAUUAGAAUUAGAACUUUCACUAUCACGGUUCUCAGGAUGAUGAACUUAUUUCUCAAAAUCAGUUUUCUUCCUGUGAGUUGGCUACUUAGCUGUCUACUGUUCCAUAUCUUAAUUCUCCUUGAAAGAAUAAGAAUCUUCCAUUUACAAUAA